UGCACCAUAGAGUCAUUUGCAAUUCAUAUACAACGCCGUUGUGUCGUUUACGACUAUCAUUAAUCAUGCAUUUCCUAGCAUCCCACCUGUUGACAUUCCAGCAGAAUGACAUUUACUACCUGACACAAGUAGCUCUAUACACAGAAUCGCCGAUUUGCAACCACGGAAACUGCAGAGACGCCCAGAUUUUAAAACAUAGAUUCCUUCGGAUUGCGUUACAGGGCAUAGAAGAGCUGUACGCAACACUGCCCAAUAUUUGGCAAUAUGCCGUCUUAAGUAGCAGCAACGAAGCGGGAAAAGAAGUACUCAUACGUGAGGAGCCCAUUCCUCAAACGAACAAAACCAUUCAGUAUUGCAUUCUUCCUUGGGAACGACAACUGCGGGGGUACAAAGCGAUGCUCUUGCACAAACAAAAGAAAAGGAAACUGGUCAAACGGCUUGAAAAGUGGAGAAUCUGCAUAAAUAAUCAUUAGUGCUUGUAUAGUAAUCAGUUGCAUAAACACUUCGUCAACUUUGCAUGAAUGGAAUAGUUCCGUAGACAGAGCAUUUGUCGUCCAUUAGUUGAUGGAUACGCUCUCAAAAUCAUCAGUUUCACCAGCAGCAGCGGGCUUUUCAGAGGGUUCUUCAGAGGGUUGCUCAGUUUCUUCAGUAGCCGCUUCAGCUUCAGCAGCGACAGGGGCGUCUAAUUCUUCAGACUGAGGUUCCUGCUCUGUUACUGCAGGGUCAUCCGCAGUGGCAUCGGCAGAAACAUCAGCUUCAGCUGUAGGUUCUUCGGGCUCGGCAUCAUCAGGAACGGCGAGCUCCGCAGUGGGUUCCUCAAUGACGAUUUCCUCAGCAGCGUUGGUUUCUUCAACAGGUUCCUCAACGGGUUCCUCAGCGGCGGCCUCAACAGGCUCCUCAGCAGGCUCCUCAACGGGCUCCUCAACAGGCUCCUCAACAGGCUCCUCAACAGGUUCCUCAGCAGCGGCCUCAACGGCAGGCUCCUCGGCUUCCACUUCCACAGUAGUGCUAGCAGCUUCGGUGACCUCCCGAUCUUCCGGGUGAACCUGAGAUGCGGCCUCCUCAAUUUGUGGUUCUCCCGCUUCAGAAAGAGUUGUUUCGUCUUCGACUGUUUCGGUGUUGUCGGAGACAGCUUCCUCGGUGAUCUGUUCAGACGGCAGUUGAGCAUCAGGGACAGUUUCCUCGACUAUAUUUUCAGCUGCAAUUGGUGUUGUCUGCAUUUUGUGCUGGGUCGGAGGAACUGUAGAUGCACUUUCUUCCUCAACCGUGCGAAUGAUGUGCUCUUCAGCGUGUUCCUCAAUACGCUCGGGCUCAGGCGCAGCCGAUGCAGCUGUUGCAGACUCGGCUUCAGGAAAUUGGGAGCCGGAAACAGGUUCGGCGGAAGAAGCUUGGUGAGGAAGAGGUACUUCGCUACUUACGUCUACAGUAUUUUCAGGAGUACGGGUUUCCGUCGUCUCAGGAGCCUCAGCAGGUGCUGCAGGAACAACAUGAGUUUCGGAUUGCUCAGGGAUAUGGACUGUCUGCAUGUUUUGCUCAGGCUGUCUAGCUUGUUGGGCAGCCGGAGCAGCUGUUGCUGUAGCAGAAGUACGAUUCUCGAUGUAGUAACCAGACACAUUUACUAGACGGCCCUCCGACUCGCAUCGCAGCAAAUAGUCAACACCAAGAAUGGGUAUGUUGUUUUGUUUGGCGCGUUCGUAUUCAGAACCGCCAAUGGAGGAACAGAUAAAGUGCGUAGUGUCGAUGCGAACGCUGGUCUGAAUAGGCUUGGCGUGAAUCCGCUCAACACACUGCUUUAAGGCAUCCAGCUCCUCAGGAAGAAUGUUGCCGACACAUACUUGUAUACCUGUGAGAUCGAUCAUCUUUUGUGUGCGAACUCUUAUCGGAGCACUCGCAAAACUGCCGGCUGUCGUGCUCAACAUGAGGAAAAAUACAUACUCUGUGUCAAGAGAAAGACCACUGAGCUUGAUGCAUGUCGUAUUCAUGGGAUCGUGAAUCUUGCAUGUCCGGACCUUAUUUUUGUACAGGGCAAGUCCCUUCAAAUCGGCCGAGCCAAGACGUAGAGCAUCCCACUCGAGAACGAUGUUUGUUUGUGUAACGUUGCGGACUCGCAGAACGGGCGGUUUCGGCGUAUUCUCUCCGUAAAGAUGCAAAAUCUCUUCUUGAACUUCAUUAAAUGCAUUCUCCCGAGCACCCUCUUCUCCCUUAUUGUGAUGAAUAGAAAUAUCAAUAAUAGAUCCUGCUUUUGAGCUUUUUG